UCCUCAGGAUGGGGAAGGGAAGGUGGAGUUUUCAAGCGGGAACUUGACCCGUUAGGCGCCGCGGCCAUGGCGGCGCGCUCGCCGUCCUCCCCACUGCCUCCGCCCCCGGGACGGCAGUCGGGCCGCCGGUCCCCGCGCCCGGUGCGUGACGUGCGUAGCGAGGCCUCGGGGCUGGCGGACGCCGCGAGGGAGGUCUUCGCGGCUAAAAGCGACCUAGUCUGGAGGGGCGAAGAAGGGACAGGGGGCCGGCGAGGGCCGGGCCUGGCCGGAGCCGCUGUCGCUCCAGUCGCCAGCGCGCCCCCGGGGUCAUGGGAGCCAGAGGGCCUCUCGGUACUGGAGGCGAAGGCGACUCGGAUGCAGCUUCUGGAGGAAGAGCUGAGCAGCCUAAAGGAGGAGCUGGCCCUGUGUCAGGCUGACAAAGAAUUUGUAUGGUCUUUGUGGAAACGUCUCCAGGCAGCAAAUCCAGACCUCACUCAGACUGUCCGUAUGGUUGUGGAAAGAGAAAAACAGAAAUCUGAAGUCAAAGACCGAAAAGUUCUGGAAAUUUUACAAGUCAAGGAUGUUAAAAUACAAGAACUGGAGCAGACUGAAUCAGAACUAAGACAGGAAAUAAACGACCUUGUAAAAUGGAAGGCUAUGGUUGAUGAAGAAAAUGCCUUCUUGAGGAAAGAAUUCAGUGAUUUACAGAAGAAAUGUAAAGACAAAAGCCAAGAGCUUAAGGACACUAAGGAGUUUGUACAGAAUAAAGAAGAGCAAAGCAGGCUGUUUAUAAAAAACCUGGAGGAGGAAAAUGAGAAAUUACGUACACGCUGCACUGACCUGCUAAAUGACCUGGAGAAACUGAGGAACCAGGAAGCAUAUUGGAGAAAAGAGAAACACAGUGCGGAUGCGAAAGCAAAGGCUUUUGAAGACAAUUUAAUUGAAGCAAAGAAAGAAAUUGAAUUAUCACGGAGUAAAUAUAAUGCUCUGUCACUACAGUUGAACAACAAGCAGACUGAACUUCUCCAAAAAGACAUGGAUAUUACACUGGUCAGGAAGGAGCUGCAGGAGCUGCAGAACCUGUACAAGCAGAACAGCGCACACACAGCCCAACAAGCCGAGCUGAUCCAGCAGCUCCAGGUCCUCAAUAUGGAUACACAGAAGGUACUGAAGAACCAGGAGGAUGUUCACACGGCUGAAAGUGUAUCCUACCAAAAACUUUAUAAUGAAUUACAUAUAUGUUUUGAAACUACAAAAUCAAAUGAAGCCGUGCUGCGACAAAGUGUUGUUAAUCUUCAGGACCAACUGUUUCAAAAAGAACAAGAAAAUAUAAAAUUAAAAGAAAAACUUAAGGGAUCACAAGGAGAACCCUGUUCAUCAACUCCAGAAAGUGAGUCACAUCACUCAGCAAAGCCAUCCUUAUCAAGCUUGGAAGCAUUAAUGGUCUCACAGAAGUCUGAAAUCGAGUAUUUACGGAAGAAACUGAAAGUGGCAAAUGAAAAGUUGUUGGAGUUCAGAUCCUCUAACCAGAGUUUCUCAGGGAAGAGCACUGAAGGAAAACACAAGGAACCACCUGUGAAACGCUCAAGGUCUUUGUCCCCAAAGAGCUCUUUUAUGGGCUCAGAGGAGCUAAGGAAGCUGAAAAGAGCGGAAAGAAAGAUUGAAAACUUAGAGAAGACAUUACAGCUAAAGAGCCAAGAAAACGAUGAGCUAAGAGAUGCCCAUGAAAAACGCAAGGAAAGGCUACAGAUGUUACAUACCAACUACAGAGCAGUAAAAGAGCAAUUAAAGCAGUGGGAAGAAGACAGUAGCAUCAGGAGUGAAACUAGAAAAAUGAAGCGAGCACAUCCUCAACAACUUCGACAAGAAGAUUCUGAUGCUGUGUGGAACGAACUGGCAUAUUUCAAAAGAGAAAAUCGAGAGUUGAUGGUUCAAAAGAUGAAUCUUCAAGAUGAAUUGGAUGAUCUUAAAGUACAUAUGUCUAUUGAUAAAACAACAAUACAAGAAUUGAAUAGGUGCAUGGCAGAGAAAAGAGAAGAACAACUCUUUAGACACCAUGAAGAUGCUGGGGUCAAGAAGAGUACUCCAGAGAAGAAUGAGAAAGCAAUACCGGAGCAGACAUUACAGAAGGUCAUUGAGUUGGAAAAUCGACUAAAAUCUUUUGAGCAAAAGUCAAGAAAAUUAAAAGAGGGGAAUAAAAAAUUAAAGAAAGAAAAUGAUUUCCUGAAAUCCCAUUUAAAACACUAUCAAGAAGAUUCUGAAGUGAGAGAAAAGGAGCUGGAGCACCUACUGAAGGUGAGUAAAGAUGUAGAAAAUGACAAAGGUGAACUUCAAGUCAAAAUCACUGAGCUGGAGAGGGAAGUCACUACCCUGAGGAGACAAGUGGCAGAGGCCAAGGCUUUGAGAAACGACAGUGAAGAGGCGGUGAGUCCAGGCGAGAAGCGCCACCAUCCCACUGACAAAGCUAAAUCUGAGAUGGUCACCAGAGAGGUGAGAGCCCGGCCGUGUGACUGCAAGACAACCACUACCAAGGUGAAAUUUAAAGCUGCCAAGAAAAAGAUCUCUGUGGGUCGCCACCACACGCUUCUCAAUCACUCCAUCAAGGUUAUGAGCCACGUUGAGAACCUCAGCAAGGACGGCUGGGAGGAUGUGAGUGAAGGCAGCAGUGAUUCUGAAACACAAAUGUCUCAAAAUUUGGGAACAAUUAUUGUGGAAACAUCCCAGAAAAUAAGCCCUAUAGAAGACGGUGGAGACCAGAAAGAAAUUGAUCAAACAGAAGAUUGCUAUGCUCAACAAAGGGAAAUGCAGACAUGUUCCCACGAGGAUGGCAGAGCCCUGAAGGCUAUUUCUCAUUAUAAGAAUACCAAGAAAAUGGCUUUUCAAAAGAAGAGUGGAAACACACAGAAGAGUUUGCAUGCGGUGGUCCCUGCCAGAGUUAACAGAGAAAAGUGCAAAAAUAUCCCUGCCCAAAAAUCCAGUAGCAACACUAUUUUAUUACGAGAACGGAUUAUCUCCUUGCAGCAACAGAACAGUUUGCUUCAUAAUGCCAGGAAAGCAGCAGAGUCAUCUGCUAAGGAAUAUAAAGAAGCCAACGAGAAACUCCUCCACCAACAGCAGGUAUCUGAGCAGCGAUUUCAGACCAGCAGACAGACAAUAAAGAAGCUUACUCUUGAUUUGGCUGGACUUCGAAAAGAAAAAGAAGAUUUGCUAAAGAAAUUGGAGUCUUCAUCUGACAUCACAAGCUUGGCUGAAGAAGUUUCUAGAGUAAUAGCCCCACAGAUACGUGUUACCACACUGGGUCCUUCAAGGAGCAUGGAUUUGGAAAUGAAGCAAUUGCAGUGUAAACUAAAGAAUGCAACUAAUGAGCUCACUAAACAGUCAUCCAAUGUGAAGUCUCUGAAACUGGAACUCCUAGCGAAAGAAGAUCACAUAAAGGAGAUGCAUGAAAAGACAUCUCGAAUGGAGAGAGAUAUAACCAUGAAAAGACACCUGAUCGAGGACUUGAAAUUUCGACAGAAAGUAAAUUCCGAAAGCAAUGAGAGUUUUAAUGAAAUGUUAGAAAGUCUUGAAAAAAAGGUGAGGACACUAACUGAAGAAUGUUCCAACAAGAAAAUAUCAGUUGAUUCCCUAAAACAAAGACUUAAUGUUGCUAUGAAGGAGAAGGCACAAUAUGAACAGAUGUAUCAGAAAACUAAAGAGGAGUUAGAUAAAAAGGAACUUAAGCUGAGUCUCCUCAUCUCAAAAAUAAAUGAAACAGAAACAGCAAUGGCACAGAUUGAGACAGCAGCAUCAGAACAGCUCCAAAGCUUAGCCCUGCAGAGCGAACAGGUCCUGGAAGGUGCGCAGAAGAAACUGCUGGCAGCCAAUGAAAAACUAGAAGAGUUCACCACCUUUGUGAAGGCUUUGGUCAAAGAGUUACAAAGUGAUGUCCAUAGGACCAGACAUCAAAUCAGAGAGCUUAAGAAGAUGCAGAGAAACAGACAUGCUUGUAAAACCUCAACCCAUAAAGCACAGACCUUGGCAGCAUCCAUACUGAACAUUUCACGAUCAGACCUCGAGGAAAUACUGGACACAGAAGAUGAAGUGGAAAUUGAAAAGACGAAGAGAGAUGCUGAAAAUGACAAGGAAUGGCUGUUGUACAUUCAGAAACUUCUGGAAGGACAGCUUCCUUUUGCCUCAUAUUUACUAGAAGCAAUACUGGAGAAAAUAAAUGAAAACAAGAAACUAACUGAACGAUAUCUCACAGUUAUGAAGGACUUUAGAUAAUGCUAUAGAUGCAGUAUAUAUUUAUAUAUGUAUGCAUCUGUGUUCAAAUAUGAGCAUUUCUUGUGCUGUGCUUGUGAACAGUCCAGAACAGUGUCUGCUACAUCUAUCAAUGAGUGGCCUCAAUUCCAAAAGAAGAAAUCUCUGAAAUUAACCAAUUGCUGAACAAGGGUAACUAGUUUAACUAGUUUAGUCUGAGUGCAUAGCCACUUAAAAGGAAAGUCUAGCAUUUGAUUGCUGGAUAAAAAUGUUUUCACAAAUACAAACUUAAAAUAAUUUCCUUCCAGUACAAAAUAAAAAGCAAAGACAAGCUUGUCACAUACAUAUUAGUCUGAGUAUAAAAAGAAAAUGGUGGAAAUAGAUUGCUUAAUAUUGUAAAUUUUAUAUGAAAACUAGACUUUUGCAUAAAAUUGUUAUAAAUGACCCUUUGUUAUCCAGUGAAUGAUAUAUUUGUGUGAUGAGAAAAUAUAAGUAAAUUAUCUUAACAUGAAGGAGGAGAAUUGAAUGAAGCUAUUGUGUGGUUGAUUGUAUCUGUUCUUAUUUACAUACUGAAUUAUACAGAAGAUACUGUGUUUUUCUAGAACUAUCUGGCUAAAUAAAAACCAUUUCCUCCUCCUUUAUCUUCUUGUGCAGUCAUGUAAGGCAGCGAGGGCCAGGAGAGCAUGUCUCACGCUAGGGUGCAUGUGGUAGAGCUCCUCCUGUGGUCAUCUAAUUAGCAAUGCCUUCUCGUCAUGAUGGACCGCUGUGUCUGGUUCCGAAAUGUUCCCCUCACUGCACUUCCUCACUGUGCUCUUGCCACACUCUUGGUGCCUCUGAGUCACUGAACUUGGGCCUUCACACUUGAUCCAGGUAUCCUGUCUUUGUAGAAUUCUCUGUGUGUUACUUUACUCAUACCCAUCUUCUCAUUAUUCAGGUUCACUUUGCCAGUUCCCUCCUGUUUAGCACAAAAUAAUCUGCUUUUAAUAUAGUCACAUUUUUGUUUUAUGGUUUAUUCUCAUUUUUUUCCUUAAGAAUGUAGAUUCCAUGAGAUUAUGGCAGUGGUUGGCAAAUUAAGGCCCUUAGCUGAAUCUGCCUGCCACCUAUUUUUAUAUGGUCCACAGACUAAAUUUUUUUUACUUUAUUAAACUGUUUAAAAAACACCUUGUAGCAUGUAAAAUCAUAUGAGAUUCAAUUUUAAUGUCUUAUCAAUAAAGAGUUACUGA